CCCUAUGGUGGAAUGUGGAUGCUGUGCGCGGUGGUUUGUUUCGUACGCGAAUUAAAGGGUCCGUUUCGCCUCGAAUGGCGACCGAAUGCCUCGACCCGUUGCCCGGCUCGUCCUUGGCAGCCGACGGCCGUGUUUGGUAGAACAAUGCGGCCUGACAGGAUCCACGGACGAAUUGACAAUUACGCGCGAAUCAGCGUCGAGUGCUCGAGGACGGGCUAGUAAACAAAUGUCAGAACGGCGGACGCGAGAGCGAGGGAGAGAGACAGAGGGGCUCGGAGGGAAACGAAACGCUAUUGUGCCGUUCCGUCGCGGACCAGUGGCGUAACGUUGCUGCGUUUCGACGUCGGCCCGUUGAUGCACCCUCGAUACGUGGGAAACGUCAAAAGUACACGUGCUUUUUUCGGUCGACGCACACGCGCGCAAUUACAUGUCCGUGCGUUUCCCCGCCGUGACGUUAGGUGUCACGAGCUUGUGUUUGCCCGGUGCAGUGUGUGACAUCAGCUGUGCGCCAGCCGCAUAUUCCAUUUACCGCACGCGUUUUUUUUCGGCGACCGUUCUUCCGGCUGCCGCCGCCGAAUUCGUCGACUUCGCGUGGUCAACAAUCGACAACAAGCGCAACCCGAGUGCGUGGGCUCUCUCGUUGUUUGCGAUCGCUGCGUGCCGGCCGAGUUGACCGCGAGUGGAACUGUUCUAUUCCAGGCCCUUUAAACCAGAGCAGCUGAAGGGCAACUACUUUCACGCACGACACCGACACAAUCGCGCUCCCUUCCGGGCCCGACCGCCGCUGCGGCAUUUAAAUCUUUCGUCAGGCCUCGGUCCCAUUCGCGAGACUUCGCUCCGUUUAAAAAUCCUUCGCGUGUCAUUGGCUCGAUUUUCGUCUGUGCGCGGGACUAACCACCGAUCACCGCCGUGUGUCCUCCUGCGUCCGUCGACUUCGACCGUUGCCACGAAACCGCGAGAUUCGAAAAUCCACGCCGCCACGUCCCGUCAACUUUUCGACCGGCAUCGUCGCGCUGCCGCGUCGCGGAAUCGUGUAAUCGUCGAUUAUUGAACUUGCCUGGCUCGGAAUGUGGGAUUUGGUCGCGGUUUCCAACGAGACGUGCUUAAUCUGUCAUCUGUAUCAAGACGGUGAAACCAGCCCUCGAAGUUGGGAUGAGAAACACGCAUUGUUGAAUAUCUUGGACAUUGGAGUUAGAAGAACGCUGAAUUGCAUCGGACGUGAAUUGGAUGCACUGACAUCAUCAGGAGAUUACUACACGAAUGUCAAAAGGCAGCAGAAUUUCCGGUCGGCUAUGGCUCGCUCAAUGAAACCUCAGAUCCCGCCGUCCGAGCCGCCCCUCGUCUCCCCGUGGCAGCUACGGAUGGAACCAAGUCCUGCUCCCACGACAAUUUAAUGACCGAA